AUGCCUGGUUCCAGAGAUGUUCGCUCAAGCGGAAUAUACGUUACAGCCGUCCAAACCCUCAUUGUAACCCAGGCCAAGUAUUGCGAGCUAUUGCAAUCCUACUUGGAAGAAUGGGAAGAAAACGGAUUUCCCGAAGAGGACACCAAAUUGAUUCAUAGCUUCAGCACCUAUUGGAGAUGUAUGCAGAAGUUCCUUCAAAGUGCCCAGCAAAACUUAAGUGCGGUGAGAGAACACGGCGAGGUAUGGAAGCUCUUAAUAUGCACGUUCUUCAACAAAUACGUCACAGCCGAACCCAAUUUUGUCAAGGUGGUGCCAAUUCUACUUCACAGGGAUGGACAAUUGGCGAAAUGUCAGUACACAAAGGCAAGUCUGACGGAACGGAAAAUCUUGGAAUUGUUUAAUAACAGUAUUCUGGCGCUCCAGAAGGGUCUAGCCAGGUUAAAUCUUGUGAUCGUUAAGAGAAAUCAAUUAGAAGUUCACGAGACCACCAUGGCACUAAUGAAAUUAUGUCGAAUUUUAGAAUCGCCAGGAGACACGGUUGAUGAGGAAGACGUAUCAGAUCCGUUUGAGACAAAGAUUGAUAGGGCCCAUGAUACGAGUCUCUUGUGCUUAACGUUUGGUAAGAAUAGGGGGAUUCACCCUGCAAAGAAAUGUACGCAGAUGGGUUUUGACGCCACAAAGACCAAGUUGAAGCUUUUGCAAGAUGCUGUCCGUGUUGCCCGUGAAUGCGUUGAUGGGCUAGCUAUCAAAAAAUUGAGCCUUGCGCUGUUAUGGUUUCAGUCUCUUGGGCAAAAUCCCUACGAUUACGCUGUACGAAGUUUUCUAGAAAAAAGCCAGAAGCAACAUAGGGUUUGUGCUUUCACUGGCACCAAAUUGGGUCAGUUGCAAAAAGUUCUCGGAGACGCAGUAACAGCGUUGGAGAACUUGGAAAAAGACGGAAAUGUCUCUGCGCCAAUAGGCAGUGUGUCCGAUCUAGUUGAAAUUGUUACUCGUAUUUUAUGUUGUGUUUUACAUGACUGGUUCCAGUGUCUAGCCGAAGGGCAUACUUUCAGCGCGGACAAGAGGCGCCAGAAUUUUCGCGACAUUGUGGUAGACUACUUCAAGAGCAUUAACUUCACGAAUACUACAUGCCAAAGAGAUGGUACGAAGUUAUUCCGCUUGGAAAUGCCUACAGAUAAAUUGAGUUGA